AUGAGUGCUAUUCCUGACUUUGGCGCUUCGAUUCCGAAAAAAUUCAAGUCUGCUUCGAUGGGUGAUAUACCCGCAUUGGGUAUGAAAGCUUUGUUUAGAAUGAUUGUGCUCGGCCCAAGCUUUUCAGGGAAGAACAAUCUUUGUAUGUUUAUUCUCAAGCAUUCUCCUCACGUAUUUGCUCAUCUAACUAUCAUUGCUCGUAAUCCACAGCAGGAGCUUUAUGAGUAUCUCCGGGAAAAGUUGGAAGGAUUCAUCACAUUUGCUGACCCAGAUAGCCCUCCUAAACUUGUUAUCAUCGAUGACUAUAGCAAUGAUAAACUACUUCAGAAGAAUAUCUUCUCUCAUUACUAUACACGUGGACGACACUUUAAACUCUCAACCAUAUUCCUAAGCCACAGCUACUUUGCCACUGAUAAGAUAAUUCGGUUGAAUUUAGAGUACGUAGCGAUUCUAAAAGCGAAUUCGAAGCGUGAUUUACAGAUGGUUGUAAAGGAUUUUAACAUCAAAGGCGUUGAUGAACGAUCAAUCGUCUAUUACUACAAUAAAGCCAUGGAGCACAAAGGACAGAUGCUGUUCGUGGAUUCAGUCAAAGGUCAAAUCAGAUAUAACUUCGAUAGGCCGAUCGAUAUUGGGCAAUAA